AUGGGUAAAACCGCAUCGUAUCAACCAGACGCCCUUGAAGAGGCACAUGAGUCCUGCGCGGAUCCAACCGGCAAGAGAGAGGUAAAAUACCCUUUCGCCUUCAAGGAGUUGGACUGGGAGGCGUAUCAUCGUUUUCGGCCGCUUUAUCCAAACAGCAUGUUCAACAUGUGGCUAUCGUAUCAUCAAGACCUGGGGAAUGGAACUUUCAAAUCAGCUCAUGAUAUUGGUGCAGGCCCAGGCCCAGUAGCCCGACGCCUUGUCCAUCGCUUCGACCGGGUGAUUGUCAGUGAUGCCGGUGAGGCAAACCUCGUGGCCGCGAAACAUAUGCUGUCCUUUUCCGCACCACCAGCUGAAAUUGGGUCGAAAUGCACGUUCAUACACAGCCCUGCCGAGUCUGUCCACAAAUCGAUACCUCCAUCCUCAAUCGACUUCGCGUCCGUGGCUAUGGCUUUUCACUACUUCGACGCGCCGAAUGCAAUCAAGUCCAUCGCAGCGACACUGAGACCCGGCGGUACCCUAGCGGCGGUGACAUAUGGCUUCAUGCUGAAAUUCCCCGAUCACCCGGCGCUCGAGAAAAUGUGGUACCGCGUCGCAAGUAAAGAAUCCCUGCGUCUGAUCAAGGAAGGUCUGUUCCCCGCUGCGGUGAAGGGGUUGGCAGCCGCCAUGUCAGGACUAGACUUCGUCCCGCUUCCAGUGGAGCUUUUCAAACCGGGCGCACGGCGAAUAUGGGUAAAUGUUGACGAGGCUGACGAGCGGCCGCUAUACUUUGUGGACGAAGAUCACUCGUGCUGGAAGCCGGCACCGAACCGAAUUGGUCCCCCGGAUUCGAGAGAAUAUGUCAAUGAUCAAUCCUGGCGGCGAAAGGCGGACGCAGACUGGCUGAGAGGCUUCCUGGCAAGUUGCCAAAUGGGGUUCGGGCAGCAGACAUGGGACACGAACGAGUGGAAAGAGUUGGAGGCUGCGGUGCUCUCUGCAGGUCGGCAGGUCACCGUAGAAUGGCCUGUCGCGAUGAUACUGGCCACUAGAAACGACAAACCUGUGAUAUGGUGA